UGGUUUCUAUUUCUAUUUUGUAACCUGACUUUUCUGACUCAACGUAGGAAGAGGAGGAGCUCUCCAAUUAGAACCUUAAGAAAUUUGUAACAGAUCGAAAUAACAGUUGGUUCUCUCUCUCUCUCUCUCUCUCUCUCUCUCUCUCCAUAUUCGUUUCAGAGCUCGAAGAGGUAUCAGAUUAACGUGAAAUCGAUGGGGCGGAGGAGGUUCGGAUCCGUGGAGAUGUUUCUGUUUCUAGGGCUUCUGCUUAGCUUUUUUCGCCAUCUUUCCGCUCUUUCAAUUACUGUAAAUGACGUUGAGUGCGUGUACGAGUACGUGCUCUACGAAGGUGAUUCUGUUUCCGGAAACUUUGUUGUUGUGGAUCACGAGAUCUUCUGGAGCUCGGAUCACCCCGGCAUCGAUUUUACUGUGACAGCUCCUGGGGGUAAUGUGGUGCAUACUUUGAAGGGAACUUCAGGAGACAAGUUUGAGUUCAAGGCCCCACGGAAUGGAAUGUUCAAAUUCUGUUUCCAUAAUCCUUAUUCAACUCCAGAGACUGUUUCUUUUCACAUACAUGUUGGCCAUAUCCCCAAUGAGCAUGAUCUUGCUAAAGAUGAACAUCUGGACCCAAUAAAUGUUAAAAUUGCCGAGUUGAGAGAAGCAUUGGAGGCUGUUACGGCAGAGCAGAAGUACCUGAAGGCACGUGAUGCUCGGCAUCGUCAUACCAAUGAGAGCACCAGGAGACGUGUUAUCUUCUAUACACUUGCAGAGUACCUUCUGCUAAUUUGUGCAAGUGGACUCCAAGUGGUGUAUAUCCGCCGUCUGUUUAGCAAAUCGGUUGCUUACAACAGAGUUUGAGUUGAAUCCACCCUAACAAUGUUCCUUGUGUUUAUUUAAUGACUAGAGAAAAUUUUGAGCUAAAUUAUAGAAGUUCAUUGUAUUAAUAAAUUGAAGUCUUGGGUCAUAAUCUUUAUUUCUUUAUCCGCGCCUCUGUUAUGUACUGCCCAUUAGCGUUUAAUUGAUUGAGGAGAUGAAUUGCUCACCCCUCUUUAUCAGUAAGCCUGUAAUAUUUUCAAAUACYUCACUCAGGCGUCAAGAAAAUUGAAAAUCGAGACUGGCGGGAACGAGGGCAAGCUGAUUUACCUUGCAUCAA